AUGCGUAGUUUACGACAAAUUCCGGGAAUGCACGAAAAUAUUUCCGCGGCGUCGACAAAGGCGAUCAGAGCUUUCCAUAACCUCGUCUUCGGGAGCGAAGGUGACCGGAAAAACAGGAGUCGUCUCAGAGAAUUUACAGGAUUUGAGUUUACGGAGAAUUCGAAUGAAUUUCAAGAUAAGGUUACGUGGGUGGAAAAUAUAUUUACGGCCGGGGAUUUGACGGCAAUUUGCAGUAUCUUAAGAUUGGACUAUAACGGUGAUGUGCAAACUGUGGCACACAGAAUUUGUAAACAUUUAACGGAUCUGGGACUAUUGGAGGAAGCGGUACACGGAAAUGAAACAGAGGAUGAGGGGGAUGAGACGGAUCAAGACGAAGGCGGAGAGCCGGAACAAGUCGCGUGCCGAGCGGAAGUGCAAGUGCUGCCAAGAUUUACGCUAAGUUUUCGUGAUAUAGAAGAUACCAUACGACCGUUCAGGGGUCACGAUGAGUACCCAGUGGAAACAUGGUUGUCGGAUUUUGAGGACAAUGCUACAUUGUUUGGUUGGACAGAAAUACAAAAGUUAUUAUUUGCCAAGAAAUCUUUAACGGGACUAGCGAAGUUAUUUAUACGGGGUGAACGGGAUCUCACCACGUGGAAGAAAUUUAAAUCGCGUUUGUUGGGAAGUCCAUUUUUGGCCCAAGAAGGAGCCGAAAUUUCGUACUAUCACAAAACCUUGGUAACACGAAAUCAACCAGUCAAACCGAUACCUUUUUCUAACGAAGACGAGUUCAGCACUAAAUACCGUCUACCUGCUAGAACGAGGCAACAAAUCACAAUAAAGGUAGCCAAUCGAGGCAUCAAGGAAGGCUAUUUACCUCGAGUAAAGACACCGAAAGAAGUUUUCGUUGGAGAAGCCGCAGUUUACACCCAUGACGACAUAUGUUACGCGAUGGCAACCAACACCAGCGAGGAAGACAUCGAACUUGAACUGGAACCACAAUACCUUCAACCGUACGAAAUUUGGAGUUCAUCUGAUGAAGAUCCUGUAAUGUCGUACGAAACUCCACCAAGAAAGAUUUUAAACCGGGAAAAGAAAAUUUGGGAAAAUCUAAAAACAAACCAUCUCAAUAGGGAGGAACAGGAACAUGUGCAUAACCUCAUACAGGAAUUUUCGGAUAGAUUCUACCUGCCAGGAGACAGACUGGAUAAGGUACCCAAUUUUCACCAUUCCAUUCACACCAUAGACGAAAUACCCAUCAACACCAGACAAUACCGUUACCCGCCAAUUCAUCAAGAGGAAAUUCAACGUCAAGUAACAGCCCUUCUAUCACAAGGAAUUAUCCAACCGUCUACUUCACCUUACAACUCACCAUUAUGGAUUGUACCAAAGAAAUCUGAUGCUGACGGUAAGAAACGUUGGCGCAUGGUCAUCGACUUCAGGUCGCUGAACGAGAAGACUGUUAGUGACAAAUACCCGCUACCACAAAUAACUGAAAUUCUGGAUAAACUGGGAGGAGCAAAAUAUUUCUCAAUUUUCGACCUUGCGAAUGGAUUCCACCAGAUCGAGAUGAACAAAUUGGACAGACAAAAAACAGCUUUCACCACUCCACGGGGGCAUUACGAAUUCGGUCGAAUGCCUUUUGGAUUAAAAAACGCCCCACCAACAUUCCAAAGGCUCAUGGAUCAAGUUUUGACUGGACUGCAUGGAACAGAAUUAUUCGUCUAUCUGGAUGAUAUCGUGGUAUAUUCAUCCUCGUUACGUGAACAUGAAAUCAAGAUAAAAAAAUUAUUCAAUCGACUCAGAGAACACGGUCUCACCCUGCAGACGAGUAAGUGCCAAUUUUUAAGAAGAGAGGUAACUUACUUAGGACACAUCGUUACAGCCAAGGGUGUAAAACCCGACCCGAGGAAUCUGCAAGCAGUAAAGGAAUUUCCAAUACCCAAGACACAGAAGAAUAUACAACAGUUUUUGGGAUUGACGGGAUAUUACCGUCGGUUCAUUCAAAAUUAUUCGGGAAAAGCUCAACCCUUAGUACAAUUACUUGGAAAAGGAGUGCGUUUCAACUGGACAUCGGAACAACAAAAGAGUUUUGAACAACUACGGGACGAACUCUGUGAACAACCGAUCUUGCAAUAUCCGGAUUUUAAUCAACCAUUCAUCAUCACCACGGACGCAUCGGACUUCGCAGUUGGCGCGGUUCUCAGCCAAGGGCAGAUAGGACAAGACCUUCCGAUCGCUUACGCAUCUCGGAGCUUGGGCAAGGCCGAAAGGAAUUACUCAGCGACCGAAAAGGAAUGUUUGGCUAUGGUUUAUGCAGCGCAAUAUUUCCGACCAUACGUUUUUGGACGAAAGUUUACUCUGGUGACAGAUCACAGACCGCUUGUUUGGUUACAUUCCGUGAAGGACCCUACAUCUCGUUUGGCCAAAUGGAAACUAAAACUUCUGGAGUAUGAGUACGAUGUUGUACACAAAUCUGGGAAAACAAAUAAGAACGCAGAUGCGCUAUCACGCAACCCAGCACACAUCUGUUUGCCACUCGCUUCAAAAGAAGAUAAAACAUACAGGCCAACAGGACUCUUGAAAAUACCAGGUGGAACAGGUAUAGGACAGCGCGUGAAGUCCUUACGCAGAAAACAAGCACAUCCGCUAUACGUUGAUUCGAACACUAGCUCUGACGAAGCCCCGUAUCAAGAAUCCAUAAUAAAGAAGAGAGGACCACCAAAAAGCAUCAGGAAAAAUAUAACUGGGAAUUCGCCGAUCUCGUUACUACCUACCCUCACCCGCGAAAAGGACCCGGCAGAUGAACCAUUAGAAGUUUUCGACACUCCAAUUGCACAAUCUACUCCAUUCAAUUCACCGGAACAGAAUAAGUCCAUUUUAUCAUAUUCCAUUAAUAAUGAAGCAAGUCCAAUAGCAGGAAAUUUGAUCUCUUUCGAAGACGACACCGACACAACGAUCAUUCAAACGAGUCACCAACCAGAAGAUAAAAAUCAAAACACAGUAAUAGAAACAGCUGCAACUCAUUUACCCGCCUCGCCAUCACCACAUGUAGCAAAUCAAGGAUUGUUUAGUUCGGAAAGAACAGACUCAAGUCUGAACCUGUGGGACAUCGUACCGUCUACUUCCGAGCCUAUCGGUGCCGCACAACCGUCAACAAACACUUCAACGGACCCCUUGCUCAUCACUCCACCCGUAGAAGACCGCAUACCCCUAAUUUCGGAAGCUCACGACAGCCUUAUCGGAGGACACAAGGGAAUUGCCAAAACAUACAGACGAUUAUUUCCAAAGUACACCUGGCCAGGAUUAAGGAAUGAUAUACAGGAAUAUAUUAGGAAAUGCAAAAGCUGUCAGGAGCAGAAGCUGGUUCGAAUGAAAACUCGACAGCCGAUGCUUAUCACCGAUACACCAACAGAACCCUUUGAUAAAAUUGCUUUGGACACUGUAGGACCAUUACCUGAAACACCCAGCGGAAACCGAUACAUCUUAACAAUGCAGGACAAUUUAACGAAAUAUUGUUUGGCCGUCGCAAUACCAAAUAUUCGAGCAACAACCAUAGCAGAUGCCUUUGCCCGGCAUUUCAUCGCCAUUUACGGAACUCCGCGUGCCAUACUGACUGACCGAGGAACCAGCUUCUUAGGGGAAAUUAUGACACACAUGGCAGAAAUUUUCAAAAUUAAACAACUCACUACAUCAGGCUAUCGACCACAAACUAAUGGAUCUUUGGAAAGGAGUCAUCACGUUCUCACCGAAUACCUGAAACAUUAUAUGAAUUCAUACGAAGAUUGGGACUUGUUAAUUCCAUUCGCCAUGUUUUCAUAUAAUACUUCGGUACAUGAAGCUACUGAUUUUACACCAUUCGAGUUAAUAUUUGGAAAACCUGCACGGAUACCAACAUCAUUCCCUACCGGAGAGAAGCUACAGACCUAUGGAUCAUACAUUUCAGAAUUAACCACCAAAUUGACCGAAAUUCGUAACAUAGCUGCAAAUAAUUUGAAUAGGGCAAAGGAGCGCUCAAAACGCUAUUACGACAAACGCUCAAAACCAGUGGAAUUCAAAUUGGACAAUAUGUUUAUGUCUUGA